AGGUCUCAGCCACGUACCGUUACUACCAAGUAGUCCAGUACCGCCGACCACUACGGGAGCUAACUUUGUAUCCUUAUCCGCAACGCCUCGCGUUCGUCUAUCUUGGACCUGUUGUUUCUCGGAAGAUUGAACAGGACGCGUACAAAAGCAUCCGAGGUUCAUGAGUGGCGAAAGGCAGAAGCACAUUUGAAAGGAAAGCAUACAUACAUAGGCAGCCGGCAGCAAUCCCAGCACCGCUCACAGUCCACCAAACAACGUUUCCGUGAGUCCACAUCAAUUUUGUAUGCACACUAUAACAUGUCUCGCUGACAUCAUGAGUGAAUUUCCUUGGCAUAGAUGGCACCCUUUACUGUUCCGCCUGAGGUUGCACGCCGCAUCGCUCGCGCAGCAGCAGAUCGACGGACACUCGCGUUGCUCGCAUCUACAUCCCGUACACUCCAAGACGCCGCCGAGAAACUUCUCUACGAGAACAUCGAAUUAUUUCCUCAUCCCAUCCAGUUCUACCUCCUAGAAACACUCGCAGAAUGUCCACGCGUCGCAGCGCACGUCCGCACAUAUACACUAUCGCCCACCGCGCCUUACCGAAUCGGAAUGGCAUUAGCGCACGAACGCGAAAUGCAGCGUACGAUCCAAGCAACUAUAGUUCGUCGUGAAUUCUGGGAACGCGUGAGCGCGAGUCUCGUGCACCUGACCCAGUUGGAUCUACUUAUACUCGUGGAUCCGACUGUUUCGCAUUCGUGGGUGCUUGAUCGAGCCCGUACUCUUCGGACGACAGAGGCAAGACUUGGAUUGGCUUGGGACGAACGUGUUGCUGCGUUUCUUGAGACACAAGACCGAUUACGAUGCUUAACUGUGUCAGAAGUUGCGGAGAACGCUCCUUUGGCACCCUUAUCAGCCAAUGCUCUUCCCUGUCUUGUGCAAUUCGAGGGACCGCUACUCGUACUCGACUUCCUUCUCCACUGUCCCAUUACGCACCUCAAGUUCCCGAUAGAUUCCGAGGACGCAGUAUCCCUUCUCCCAUUGGUACUACCCGAGCUUCACCGUCUUAAGAAAUUACGCUCCUUAUCGAUCACAACAAUGCCUCCCGAGUUGUUCCUCCCCUCUAUGUCGACUAUCUCAGAAGUCUGUCCAAACCUUCAGUAUCUGUCACAUAUACCCUUACCUAUGGAUCAUCGUUCCCAUAUAACCCUCCUAAGCUACCUCUCCCGACUAACUCACCUAAAAGUCCUCGAAGUUGACGUGCAACACUGGGUACCUCCACUCACCUCCCCCUUCCAACGCGCAGUCGCAGCAUCCAUACACGUCGUCCUUCCUUCACUACGUUACAUAUUCUUCUGGACUCGGUACGAUCGGACGUUAUGGAUGUGGAACCCUGAAGACGUCGAGCCUAUACAAGUACGUUCGCAGGUUACGACGGAUCCGCUUGAGGUACAAGAAGAGGAACCUGGUGGAGCUGGUAGAGGAAGAACUGGCACGGGUAACGGUGCGGGUGCGGGUACGGGUGCAGGGAUGGCAACUCUCGAAGAAACGACAACUUACGUCGGUUUAGAAGGGUGGCGACAUAGUUGGAAUGGUGGCCAUUCCUAUCCCAAUAAUUCGUCUGUAUGGAAAUCUGCUGUAUGAGAAAGGUAAAAAAAAUAUCGCUUUCUGUAUUCGCUUUGUAGACUGGGAUAAGAAGGGAUCGUUCCUUUGGUCUUUGUUUCGUGCGAUUUUCGUCGUUCGAGUAUGACCUGAUGUAGACGUUACAAAUUGAUUGUAUUACUGGAAUAUACUAGUUUCAUUA